AUGCACGCAGGAGGAGGAGGAGGAGAUGAAUUUCCAGAAGGCGGUGGAGGUGAGUUUUCUGAAGGCGGAGGAGACGAUUUCUCGGGAGGUGGCGGAGGAGGAGAGCUGUUGCCUUCAUUAGGUGGAGGCGGUGGUGAUUCAGACGCCUUCGGCGGAGGAGGAGACUUAGUGGGCGCCGGUGGAGGUGAACCGGAGUCUACCGGUGUGGGAUCAGCUGGAGGUGGAGCAUCAGGCGGUGGAGGCGGGGGUUCAGAUGCCGGAGGAGGAGGCGGGGGUUCGGAUGUAGAGAGUAUGUAUAGAAGGGUAGAUUAG